AUGAUAAAAAUUGCCAUCGAAAACAAAAUCCCUGUCAUUAAAGCUAAUAACCUGUACGAGAUAUAUCAAAUUAAAUAUAUUAAUGAAAGCACAGUGAUCAUUGUGGUUUAUUUAAAAGAUUGCAAUGAAAUGACAAUCGCAGAACUGCGUUCAUUUGACAUCAAAUUCAAGUAUGUAAUUAUAGUCGAUACAUUUUUAAGAGACAAAUGCCAUGAUGCUGUAACGGCAAAACUAUCUGAAGUUUAUAAUUAUGAAGUUACUCUUAUCAUAGCUGAUAGAAUACCUGGUAAAUAUAACUUCCUAACUGCCAUGCCUGAAAUCGAUGAAGUUACUUGUAACACCACUGAAAUAGUAGAAAUAAAACAUAUAAAUAGUUGCACUAAUGGCACGCUCGAUGAGAAGCGAUUAACACGUAUUUUUCCAGUUAAAGCGCCGUCUAAUUUUAAACUGUGCAAUUUCAAUGUAGGUAUGUCUAUUUUUUAUCCUUAUUCAAUGACAAACAAUACAGAUUCCUUAAAAGAUUUUGAUGAUGAUGUAAACUUCUACGGAGUGGAUAUUGACAUAAUGAAUAUUAUGGCAAAAAAAUUUAAUUCUACGUUGAAGUUAUUUUAUAUCACAAAAUACGACUACGAUCCAAAAUUGCGUGAAAUCGUAGUACAGUACUUGAUAAAUGAAACUCUAGAUGCGUAUGCUGGUGGUACAUAUAGACUAUACAGAGAUGAAGUAAGCUAUUCUGGUACUUAUAGUAGACAGACCAUUAUUUGGGUUUACACAGUGGAACGAAAUAGAAGAACCUGGCAAUCGCUUAUUUUCAAAAUGAAUGGACUGUAUAUAUUUUUAAUAAUCUAUCAGUGCUACGUGAUUUUAUGGAAUCUAAUUAGUAAAUUCGACCAUCAGACUCUAUCAAUUCUUGACUCUUUCGUAUAUGGAUGGGGGGCUUUGUUUGGCGGCGCAGGAUUACAGGAUGCGAGAUCUUUAAAACAAAAGUUUCUCAAUAUCGUGUAUUUGAUAGCGUGUUUGCAUCUAUCUGCUUACGUCAAUACACAAAUAUAUUAUUACCUUACGAUUGAUAGACCUCCAAAUUUUUACACGUCAGUAGAUGAAUUAACAUCAUCAGGGAAGAUACCGUAUCUAAUUCCCAAUAAAAAAUACUUUAUAGAUGAUAAAAAAUACAUCGCGUUCGCCAAUACAUCUCGCCAGUGCGAUACGUUUUUAAAUUGUGCGGAACUUAUGUUAAUAAAUAACGGAUCGACUAUUAUUAUUGACGCACAAUUGGCUCCAUUACAAUCCUCAUCGGCUGUAAACGACGAAGCAAGAGUAUUGCAAGUACCCGAGUAUAUAUUAGUUGUCUAUCAUGAGAUGAUUUUAAGGAAAAACAGCCCUUUGGUCAAGAAAUUCCAAGAUUACACACAGAGACUAUUCGAAUCAGGUAUUUGUCAAAUGUUGUACGUUCGAUCGAUUGGUAUAACAGUUGUUGAUAGAGCGAAAAUAGCGAAUCAGAAUAUUUUGUCUAAUAGUUACAGUUGCACGGUGGGCUGUGAAAUAACUCUGUCACAAUUAGCCGGUGUUUUUUAUCUUUGGAUGGCAGGAUGCUUUUUUUCAUGUAUUGUUUUCAUUUUGGAGAUUCUUAUGAAAAUACCGCUUCUUAAACAUUAA